AUGGACCCAAACAAUGUAAGAAUCCCCGCCCACCAAGAGGCAAUUUGUGGACUCCAUGUUAUCAUCCAACGAGCUGCCGAUCUACUUCACUUACCGGAUCAAGCAGAGACCUUUUUAGCUGAGAAUAGAAGACAGGCGAGUGAACUAGGACAUCAACUAGCAGUGGCAGUUGGCUAUCAAGCUCACUCAGAAGAAGCGCGGCGAUUGGGUUGUUUGUUAGCUGGAAAUAUGCUGAUAUCACCAGCCGAAACGAUUCAGUUUUUAAUCAACGCACAAGUAUCACCACCUAAUCAUCUGCGCCGGCAGAUUGCUAUAUUUGUCCAGCAAACACAUGCUCGCUUGGUACAAGACAGGAAGAAACUCCUCCAACACAUUGCUGAUGAACGAAAUGUCCUGGAGAAAAUCAAAACAUCAGAUAAAGGCGCCAAAAACGAUCCUAAAUGGUGCCAUGAAAUUACUCAGUUGGAUGAACAGAUGCAGCGAAUGCACAAUCGUCUUGUGGGAGCACAGAUUACAACACAGACCGAACAGCUUCAGCGGCACCAAAGAUACCGGUGUCUUCUGCACAUUCUAGCCCAAGCAGCCACAAUCAGAUGCUACUGCAACUUUCAAGCCGGUCUUCGUGUAUCCAAACACGCUCUUCUACGCGAAUUAGCUUUGCAAUCUCUUGAAACAAGAGAGAUUUGCUUUCUUAAGGCUCUUCUUCGGUUUUGUCCAAGCACUAGUACCCAGACCAGUAUUUGCAGCACAUCGGAUCGGGUUGGGCUAAGCCGGUAUGCCGCCAAAACAAACGAGAUCAUUCGGCGACUGCAUCCAGCCCACUCAGGCCCCUGGUCUAACCAGCCCUCUAAGAAGACCAAUGAGAUACCAACUAAUGAUCGCCAAUUAUGCAACUUGUAUUUGGAGGGACAGAGGCGAGUGAAUGCGGCUAUAGCCGCACACUGUCAGCAAACAAAUCAAAGCAUCGAAGCGGCAUUAAGCGAGGCCAUUGCCAUUCACUUUCGUCAACUAUUCAAAAACCAGAAGGGUGUAUCUGAUGCCGUUGUAGCUGCUCGAAUAUCCACAGACGGAGUCUUUGCCAAGGAAGGUCUACUAGGAGGCUACUUCGCCAAAUACCAUCAGCAGCGAGUGGUUGAGCUAUGCUGCACCGAACAAGCGCUAGUCAAGAAGCUAGUACAGACCGCUACCGAAAGGAGUCUUCAUCGCUCCACUGGCCUUCUCGAAGGAUUUGUGCGCCGUCGCUUGCAUAGUCUCAUUCGCAUCGAGACAUUAAGAUAUCUCAGCGGCCGGCCAAGUGUUAGUGUGCGAGAUCUAAGCCGGCGCGGUUUGUUUGGCCAUGCGCUUGGAGUUCGCGCCUUUCUAGAGUCGGCUAGGCCGUUAAUAGCCUUUGGCGUACUGAUAUUGCAAAGUCUACCCAGAUAG